CUAUUGUGUCUUCCUCCCUGGCUCUAUCGGCGGCGUUGGGGAUCUGCAUCUGUGUAAUUACCAUGAGAACGAAGGGUUAUUUCCAUCAAACACUCAGUUGAUCUUAUCUUCAAUUACUCCGCCAUGAAAACUCGAUUCUGAAUUGAAAGGACUCUUUUGGGCCACUCCGAGCCAGAACGCGGUUGUGGCCAUUCAUCCCUGUGAGACAAAGCAAUCAUGACGGGCAGCUCGAAGAGCCUCCAAGCCAAACAAAAUAAGUCGCUCUCUGAGCGACUUCGAAGUCCAUUCCACCUGAGACCAGCCGACGACGAUGAACCGCAAAAUUGGUGGAUAGCAUCAACAGCUAUUCCCCUCAUCUCUGCCACAACUGCCCCUUUGGCCAAUGUCAUGUCAAUAGUGGCGCUAGUUUCAUCAUGGAAAGUGACAGUUCUGACCCAGACGGAUUCAUUCGGGCAACCCAUCCAAGAACCCUUGGCAGACCCACGAUGGUGCAUAGCCUUGAAUGCAACGUCCCUGGCAUGCGGCUUGGCAGGGAACCUGUUCCUUUUGUUCAAUUUCACCCGAACAGUGAGGUACAUCAUCGCGUUGCCUGUAUCGAUCAUUCUAUGGUUCCUUUCAACCUCCAUCUUGAUUGGUAUCACAGCUGCGAUGCAUGUCUAUUCACCUCCUGUCCCUCCCAAUGAGACGUAUUCGCAGGCGUACUGGAGCGCAGUGAUCGCUGCGGUCCUCUAUUUUAUCCUCGGCGUGAUUUUAUUGGUCAAUAUGCUGGGAUAUGUUCUCGGACAUUAUCCGCAGUACUUCGCCUUGACAGACGGCCAACGCACGCUCAUCUUGCAGACUACCGCCUUCGUAGUCUGGCUCAUAAUCGGAGCUGUAAUUUUCAACAAUGUUAUUGACAUAUCCUUCGCGGAUGCCCUAUACUUCUCCGAUGUCACUAUCCUCACGCUAGGAUAUGGCGACAUCACUCCCACAACUCCCGUGGCUCGGGGUCUCGUCUUUCCGUAUACGGUCAUCGGCAUGAUCAUACUGGGUCUCGUGGUCAACAGCGUUCUGCAAUUUGCGCAUGACAUUCAAUACAAGGAAGUUAUACGCAAACACGUCGAGCGCAAACGACAAGCCACGAUCAGCCGUUCUGUAACCGUCGAACCUGAAGAAACAUCCCAGCUCGAGUACAAGCCACGACGCUCCGGCCGACAAGUCCGAAGCACAAUCGACGCGUUCGCCAUGAUCGGUCGCCCGAAACAGGUUGUUAUGGAAGAAGAGAAAGACCGAUUCGACGCCAUGCGAGCUAUUCAGCGUGAGACGCUUCUUUUUCGCCGAUGGUACAACCUUGUUCUGAGUGUCAUCAUGUUCGGUUUCGUCUGGACCAUCGGGGCGGUGGCGUUUUGGCAGAUGGAGAAUCUCACCUACUUCGAAGCGCUUUACUUUGGCUUCUGCUCUCUUCUGACGAUCGGGUACGGAGACAUCACCCCGUCGACCAACGCCGCCAAGCCAUUCUUCAUUGUCUGGUCGCUGGUUGCUGUGCCCACCAUGACAACUCUUAUCUCCGAGAUGAGCGACACUAUUGUCGCAGGCUUCAAACAUGCGACCGACGUUGCGGCCGACUGGACGGUUCUCCCGCAAUCCGGCCGUUACGCCAAGUUCGUGAAGAAGAUUCCGCCGCUGUACGCCGCUCUGGAACGACGCGAGGAGCACAAGCGCGUCGCUGAAGGCUUUCCAAUUGGGCUGGAUAGGGACAUCGAGAAGGGUGCCAAGAAGUCCAGCGCUUUGUCCCCGAGCACCAGCCAUCAAACACGCGGCGUUGAGCCGGGAGAACAGACCGUCGACCAACUCGCCAACGACCCGGACACCGCAGCUGGCCCAGCCUCGAGCAUCCAGUUAGCACAGAGACUCGCGCUGGCGAUCCAACGAACUACUCGCGACGCUCUAAACGGGGAGCAGAAGAAAUACACCUACGAGGAAUGGGUCGAGUUCACGCGGCUGAUCCGGGCCACGGACUCGUCUUCCUCGGGGUUAGAGCUGCAAGAGGAUGAAUACGGCGUGUUCAGCUGGGACUGGAUCGGCGAGACAAGCCCCAUGCUGGCGAGUGAGACGGAGCCAGAAUGGGUCCUCAACCGGCUCUGCGAGAGUAUGAUCCGGUGCUUGGAUGCGACGAGGAAGAGGUAUGAAGGUGCGAAGGAGGAGGACGAGCCGACGCUGAGGAAAGAGCGAGCGAUCAAGUUUACUGACGGUUGAUUUGACUUGGAUACCAUUUCUCACCUGUCAGAUUUUACUACUCGUGCUGAUCUUAUGUUUUGAUAUAUCCCUUCAUUCUACACUUCUCAUCGCAGAUAUUAUGUGUACUGUAUUUACCAUAUACUUCGAUUCUCAAUCCUAUUUAG